AUGCGGCUACGUACCACUGGAAUGGCGUUGCUUGCGCCGAGCGCGCUUGCGCAAAGCAUCACUGUUUCCAACGGUACUGUCCAAGGAGGAUCAUGUCCAUCUUCAGCGGCGAACUACUACCAUGCCAUUCCAUUCGCACAACCACCGCUGGGAUCCCUCCGGUUUGCCGCGCCCCACCCUUUUGAUCAAAAGUUCAACGGGACCUUAGACGGAACAAAAACCGCACCUACCUGCAUUCAAUUUGGCGGCGACUUCUUCACUGAACCUCAGCCUUGGUCAGAGGACUGCUUGUAUCUUAAUGUCUGGGCACCGAAGAAUGCCAGCAGCGGCUCGAAGCUGCCGGUGAAGGUAUGGGUCUACGGUGGGAGCAACACGGCUGGUGGAAUCAGCGACCCGCUUUACGAUGGGUGCAAUGCUGCCACCGAUUCGAUCGUUGUGUCUAUCAACUACCGACUAGGCCCGCUUGGCUUUCUAGCUCUCAAAGACGCAGGACUGUCGGGUAAUUACGCGGUACAGGACUUGCUUCUGGGGCUUCGUUGGGUGCAGGAUAACAUCGAGGCAUUCGGUGGUGAUCACUCCAAAGUAUUAUUGUUCGGGCAAUCCGCGGGCGCUGCAUUGUCCUUCCUCAUCAGCACGCUUGCGGAAGCUCCUUCGCUCAUAUCCGCCGUGGCUGCAGAAUCUGGCGGAGGAAGAGGAUCCGCUCCAUAUGCUGAAGCCCAGCCUUACUUCAAGGCAUUCGUCAAGAACCUAGGCUGCGCACUUGAUGACCUGGACUGUAUGCGGUCCAAGUCACCACAAGAGCUCAAUGCUUCCUUCCCGGUCGAAUUGACCUCAGCAACGAUCCCGCUCGGUUACGCAAAGGGCUUUGCGUCGGUGAUUGAUGGCAAGGUUGUCCCAGAAGACCCGGCCGCAGUGGGCAGUCGCGUUCCUGCAAUCUUCGGAUCCACAUCCAAUGAUGGUUCACUGUUCAUCCUGGGGGCCUACCAGAACAAUUUCCCGCCGACGCAAGCCAACUACACCAGCCUCAUCGAGUCGAACUUUGGCCCAUAUGCGGCGGCGGUGAAGUCGUAUUAUCCAAUCUCUCGAUUCGCGAAUGACUCUUCUGCUUCGCUUGCCCCAUACUUCGCUAUGACUGCGAUCUGGACCCACGCGUCAUACACAUGUUCCGCGCAACGAGGUCUCAAACGAGCCACAGCCAAAGGCGUUCCUGCCUAUGCUUAUGUGUGGGACACGGCUCCAAGCUGUCCUUGGCUACCGGAGCUCAGCAGCGGCAUCAGCUCCCAGAUACUUGAGCUUCUUGGUGUGGCACAUACCUCCGAGAUUCCGUUCGUACUACGGAACACAGAACACCUGCCUCCGCCCAACGGUACCUGCAGCUUCUCAGCAGCCGAGAAGAACAUCAGUGAUGCGGUGUCGAGUGCUUGGACAGCUAUGGCGAGGGCCCAGAGUCCAGAUUCUCCGCUGCUACCUGGUGUCUGGCCGACUUUCAGUAGUAAUGGAACAAAGGGACUGGUUGCAACUGGAGAGGGACUGACUUUCGAAGAUAUUGAUUACAGUUUUUGCAAGCUGUGGGAUGGUAUUAGCGAGUCUAUCCAAGAGCCUUUUCUCACCAAAACGUCACUCAUCCGCUCCUUCCCGAUGCAGACUUUAAAAGCCCUCACUCGCCGGGCCCCAUCACUGCGAUUCAUCCGCCAUUAUACCCAAACACCAAACCCGAACAUGAAAAUCGCAAUCACAGGAUCACGCGGCACAGUCGGCCAAUACGUCGUCAAAGCGGCCGUCGACGCAGGCCACUCCAUCGUCCAGGUCAACCGCACCGAGCAGGAGCCCGACGGCACAAAGAACUCCAAGUACCGUACCGCAGACACAGCAAACGACUACGAUGCCACCGUUCAAGCCUUCAAAGGCUGCGACGCCGUCAUCCAUCUUGCAGCGAUCCCCGAUCCCGUAGAUAAACCCGACUUCAUGGUACACAGCAACAAUGUGGAAUCCGCAUUCAACGGCUUCCGCGCCUGCGGCGAACUCGGCAUCAAGAAGAUCUGCUACGCGUCCUCGGUCAACGCUAUUGGACUCGCCUACGCCAAUCAACCGCUGAAGUUCAAGUAUUUCCCCAUCGAUGAGGAGUACCCGCCUAACCCCACUGACGCGUACGCUCUCGCCAAGGUCGAAGCAGAGACGCAGGCGAAGGCUUUCGUGAACUGGUUUCCAGGGACCAAGAUUGCUUGUCUACGAAUCCAUGAGGUGGCGCCGAAGAAGGACGUGCAGAAAGAGCAUGAGGAGAAUUGGAAUGCAGCUGCCGUGGGACAGCUGUGGGCGUGGGUGAGUCCGGCGGCGGUGGCGCGAGCAUGUCUUUUGAGCGUUGAGAAGGCAGAUGCGUAUGAAGGAUGCGAGGUGUUCAAUAUUGUGGCGCCAGAGACAACGCAGGAGACGACCUCGGCGGAGCUGGCGAAGAAGUACUAUCCUGAGGCGGAGAUAAGGAAGGGGCUUGAGGGUAAUAAGGGGUUCUGGACGAUUGAAAAGGCUGAGAGGAUACUGGGGUGGAAGCAUGAGGAGAAGGAGUAA